GCUGUGAAAGAAUGGAGCAGGUGACAGGGCCUCAGCCUGUAGGAGUUACACAGUGUGAGCAGAGGCCCUUGGACUAGGGUUUCAGAUGGACACCCCUUCUUGUUGGAUCCCCUAGAGUGCAUGGGAGCCGAGGGCAGGCUGGCACACAAGCUGUUCCGAGACCUCUUUGCCAACUACACAAGUGCCCUGAGACCUGUGGCAGAUACAGACCAUGCUCUGAACGUGACCCUGGAGGUGACGUUGUCCCAGAUCAUUGACAUGGAUGAGCGUAACCAAGUGCUGACCCUGUACCUGUGGAUCCGACAGGAGUGGACAGAUGCCUACCUGCGAUGGGACCCCGAUGCCUAUGGGGGCCUGGAUGCCAUCCGAAUCCCCAGCAGUCUAGUGUGGCGGCCUGACAUCGUACUCUAUAACAAGGCAGACGCGCAAGCGCCGGCCUCCGCCAGCACCAACGUGGUCCUGCGGCACGACGGCGCCGUGCGCUGGGACGCGCCGGCCAUCACGCGCAGCUCGUGCCGCGUGGACGUAUCGGCCUUCCCGUUUGACGCACAGCGCUGCGGCCUGACGUUCGGCUCGUGGACGCACGGCGGGCACCAGCUGGACGUGCGGCCGCGCGGCGCCGCCGCCAGCCUGGCUGACUUCGUGGAGAACGUGGAGUGGCGCGUGCUGGGUAUGCCGGCGCGGCGGCGCGUGCUGACCUACGGCUGCUGCUCCGAACCCUACCCAGACGUGACCUUCACGCUGCUGCUGCGCCGCCGCGCCGCGGCCUACGUGUGCAACCUGCUGCUGCCCUGCGUGCUCAUCUCGCUGCUGGCGCCGCUGGCCUUCCACCUACCCGCCGACUCGGGCGAGAAGGUGUCGCUCGGUGUCACCGUGCUGCUGGCGCUCACCGUCUUCCAGCUGCUCCUGGCCGAGAGCAUGCCGCCGGCCGAGAGCGUGCCCCUCAUAGGAAAGUACUACAUGGCCACCAUGACCAUAGUCACCUUCUCCACAGCGCUCACCAUCCUUAUCAUGAACCUGCAUUACUGUGGUCCCAGUGCCCGCCCAAUGCCAGCCUGGGCUCGGGCCCUCUUGCUGGGACACCUGGCACGGGGCCUGUGCGUGAGGGAACGAGGGGAGCCCUGUGGGCAGUCUAGACCACCUGAGUCACCCCCUAGUCCCCAGCCUCCUGAUGGAGGGGCUGGUCCCCCAGCAGGCCCUUGCCAUGAGCCACGAUGUCUGUGCCGCCAGGAAGCCCUACUGUACCACAUAGCCACCAUCGCCAACAGCUUCCACAGCCACCGGGCUGCCCAGCGCCGCCAUGAGGACUGGAAGCGUUUGGCCCGUGUGAUGGACCGUUUCUUCCUGGGCAUCUUCUUCUCCAUGGCCCUGGUCAUGAGCCUUCUGGUGCUGGUGCAGGCCCUGUGA